AUGCUGAGAUGUGUAGCUGAGCAUGGACCGUAAUGUCUUAUGGCUAUCUAGCUUUUGAAAGAGGAGACAAAGAUACCAGGAAUUGACGACAAACUAGAAUUUUUGAAGCAGAAAUAUUUAGAAGAUGAGGAUUUCAAGAGAACAAUUGAUAAUUUAGAUAUUAAAGGAGAUAUUGACUCGUUAGAUGAUAUGAUAGGUGCUUGCAGAAAACUCAGCGAGGAAAAAUGCGAGAUUAUCAAAGUGAAGCUAGAGGAAUUAUUCGAUUUUAAAGCAAUAGAUCUUACAAAUUGA